AUGUCCAAAUACAACCGUAGAAAAUAUUCAACAGAGAAUCAUCAAUCAGAUGCAGCUGCUGACGAAAAUUAUACUCAAGGGAGAGAUCGAACAAGCAAUCGUCCUCCUGGAUUGAAAGGAAAAGAAAUUGGUUUAUAUUAUAGAAAUUUAGCAAUGAAUAAACGAACUGGAUCUGCCAAUCAUUCUUCUAAAUCACAUUCUGAUUCACGUAAUUUAAAAUAUUUUUCACUUGAUCCAGCUGUUGAAGAAAUAAUAAAAAGAUCACUUUACAAUUCAAAUCAUCUGUAUGAUGAAGAAAAGACUUCAAGUGCAGCUGAUGAUAAGCAACUAAUCAAAAAUAAAUACAACCAUAUUCGCGAUUCAGAAUUCAAAAGAAGUUUUUUAAAUAUUAUUUCUGGUAGUAUCCAAGAAAAAUUGGCAAAAUCUGUGUCCAUUAACAAAAAAUUAGUUUCUAAUGAACUAAUUGAUGAAAAACUGAAAGAUGAACAAAAGUUACGUGAAUCAUCAGAUGAUUAUAUUAAAAUUAUGAACUUUCGAAAAAAACUUCCAUCGUUUCAGAAGAAAGAAGAAAUAUUAGAUAUUAUUAACUCAAGUCAAGUCGUGGUAAUAAGUGGAGAAACUGGUUGUGGAAAAACAACUCAAAUACCUCAGUUUAUUUUGGAUAAAGCAAUUGAAGAUGGUAACGGUAGUAGAACUAAAAUUGUAUGUACUCAACCACGAAGAAUAUCAGCAAUAUCGGUAGCUGAAAGAAUAGCGUAUGAAAGAGCUGAAAGGCUUGGAAAAUCAGUUGGUUAUCAAGUUAGACUUGAAAAAUUUUUGUGUCGUGAUUAUGGAAGUAUUUUCUUUUGUACCACUGGUAUUUUAUUACAGUAUAUGCAAAGUGAUCCAGCUUUGAGUGAUUUUUCUCACAUAGUUUUAGAUGAAAUCCAUGAAAGAACUACUGAAACUGACUUUAUUAUUACGCUUUUAAAACAAGUUAUUCCCAAAAGACCUGAUUUAAAAGUUAUUUUAAUGAGUGCUACCUUAAAUGCAGAACAAUUCUCGAAGUAUUAUGAACGCUGUCCUAUUAUUCAUAUACCAGGUUUCACGUAUCCCGUAUCGAAAUUUUAUCUAGAAGACAUAAUUGAAAUAACAAGAUUUAAUUUUCCACCUCCACCAAAAUUGCCAACUAAUUGGAAAAAACACCUGAAACCUAAUAAAGAGAUUAUGAAAAAAAAUGAUGAUUUCACUGAUUUCAUUGAACCAGCGUUACGACAAAUGGAAUCAGAUAAAUCUUACCCUGCGUAUGUAAUUAAUCAACUUCGAAAUCCUACUAGUGAAGAAUUAUCGUUAGAAUUAAUACAAGCAUUAUUAGAACAUAUUUCUGAAAGUAAAAAACCCGGUGCCAUUUUAGUAUUUUUACCAGGAAUUAUGGAUAUUACAAAUUUGAAUAAAAAUUUGUUGGGAAGUGGGCGGUUUCCUUCUUACAAGUUUCAAAUUUACCCUUUACAUUCACGACUUCCUACUGUUGAACAGAAAUUAAUUUUCCAAGUACCACCUGCAGGUGUUCGUAAAAUAAUUUUAGCUACUGCUAUCGCAGAAACAUCUAUAACUAUCGAAGAUGUUGUUUAUGUUAUUGAUUGUGGAAAAACAAAAUUAUCACGAUUUGACGUAAAUAACAAUAUUGAAAUAUUAAAACCUGAAUGGAUAUCAUUAGCUAAUUGUCAGCAACGUCGGGGUCGAGCAGGACGUGUUCAGCCAGGUGAAUGCUACCAUUUAUUUUCAAAAGCACGUGAAAUGACAUUGGACGAAUAUCCUACUCCCGAGAUGUUAAGAACUCCAUUAGAGAAAAUUAUUUUGCAAGUUAAAAUAUUACUAUUAGGACGAGUGGACGUUUUCCUUGGAAGUGUGAUUGAUCCACCUGAUGAUAAGGCUAUCAAAAUAGCUCUCAAUUUGUUACGAAAUCUCAAUGCAAUUGAUGACAAGGAAAACUUAACUCCAUUAGGAUAUCAUCUUGCUCGUCUUCCACUCGAUCCACGGACAGGAAAAAUGGUUCUGUGGGCGUCAAUGUUUUCAUGUGUUGAACCGAUAUUUGCUAUUGCCGCAAGUUUAUCUUUUAAAGAUGCUUUUUACUGUCCUUUAAAUAAAGAACAAGAAGCAAAUGACGCCAAAAAGAAGUUAGGCUUAGAACAAUUCAGUGAUCAUAUUGCGCUCGCUGAAGCUCUCAGACAAUUUGAACAAGGCCUACUUAAUAGACAAGCUGGGCGUUUUUGCUCAGAUCAUUUUUUAUCAUGGAAUAUACUCAAAUUAUUGGUAGAAAUGAAACAACAAUUUGCUCAACAUCUUUAUGAAAUGAAAUUUUUAGAUAGCAGUGAUCCAAGUGAUAAACGCGCCAACAGAAAUUCUGAUAAUUUGGCUGUUAUAAAAGCUAUUGUUUGCGCUGGUUUAUAUCCCAACAUUGCAACUGUACAAAACGGUAAGUCAUUUUGUAAGCUGAGAACUGUCGAAGAUGGAACCGUGAAAAUUCAUCCUAGUAGCAUAAAUGCCCGUGCGAAUCAACUACCAACCCCGUAUAUAACUUAUUAUCUCAAACAAAAAUCUACAGCCAUAUUUUUACAUGAUACUACUUGCAUUACUGAAGCUGCAUUGAUUUUUGCGACAACGAAGUGUUCAAUAAGACCACAAGGAAUCAGAUGGAGUAUUACUCUCAAUCAAUCAAUUUCAUUUGUCUGUAAGCAAAGCACUGCAGAAAUAAUUCAGAAACUACAUGAAGAAUUCAAUAAACUACUGGAACAUAAAAUUAGUCAUCCAGAGCCAAUUUUAUGGGAAUCUCAAGAGGGAAAUAUUCUCCGGUUUGUUUUACUCUCAUUUUUUUGCAUUAUAUUACUACCCAUACAACAAUCUUUCUGA